CAAAAUCUAUAAUAAUAAUUUUAAAGUAUAAGUUAUAAUUCAAGUAGUAAUAAAAAAUUUCACCACAUUUAAGUCAAUAUAUAAUUUCAAAUUUCUUGAUUUAUCUAGAAUUUGUGUUGUUUUUCUAUUAAUUAUAUAAUUUUUUUAUUGCUUUAAAAUAUAAUAAAAUAUUAAUUGUCUCUUCUAUAAUGGAUAGUGAUGUUAUUAAAACUUUGGAUCCUUUUUAUGAAGCCGUUCAAAGUUUACGUAAGCGUAAUUUUGAAAAAUGCAUUGAAAAUUGCUCUAAAAUGUUAUCACUCAAUCCUUAUGAUCAAGCUACGUGGGCCCUAAAGAUGAGAGCAUUAACCGAACAAAUGUAUGUAGAUGACAUAGAAGCUGAAGAAGAAGGUAUAGCUGAUUCGUAUUUUAACUCUGAUGCUAUUGCUGAAAAUGCUAAACUUGGCACAUCUCUGAAGACAGCAUCAAACACUUACAUUAAUAGACCUCAAACAAUCAGUGGUCGGCCAUUAAGUGGUGUCAUUCGCCCAUCUACUUCAGCUGGUAUGGGUAACAGUUUACAGAAAACAUUAAAAACUCCACGUACUGUCAAUAGUUCAAGACCAUUAACUUCCCAAUCUGCCAGAAAUGUAAGAUUUGGUACUGCUUCAAUAGUGCCUCAAAUAGAUGGACCUUUCAUCAAUAUAUCUCGUUUAAAUUUUUCAAAAUACGCAUCAGAUAAGCAGUUAUCAAAAAUUCUCUUCAAUUAUAUAUAUUACCAGCAAAAUGAUAUAAGAAAUGCAUUAGAUUUUGCUGUAAUAGCAACCAAGUGCUGUAAUAAUGAGGAUCCUUGGUGGAAAGUUCAAUUAGGUAAAUGUUAUAUCAUCCUUGGUUUACUUAGAGAUAGUGAAAUACAAUUUCGUUCUGCAUUACUACAUGGUCCUAAUAUUGAAGUAUUUUUACGUUUAUCGCGAUUAUUCAUACGACUAGAUCAACCUUUAAACUCUUUGGAUAUUUGUCAGCAAGCAUUAUCAUGGUUCCCUCAAGAUGUUACUAUAUUGACAGAAAUGGCUAGAAUAUUUGAAGGAUUAAAUAAUAUACCAAUGUCAGUAAAGUACUAUAAAAAAACACUAGAAUGGGAUGCUACAGAUAUGGAGGCUAUUGCUUGUAUAGGAUUGAAUCACUUUUAUUCUGACCAACCAGAAGUUGCAUUGAGAUAUUAUAGGAGAUUGCUGCAAAUGGGAUUAUAUAAUACUGAAAUAUUCAACAACUUAGGAUUAUGUUCUUUUUAUGCCCAACAAUUUGAUGUAGUUGUGGUCUGCUUUGAAAAUGCUCUACGACUUGCUUUAGAUGAUAAUGCUGCAGAUGUUUGGUAUAAUAUUAGUCAUGUGGCUAUUGGAUUUGGAGAUUUAGAUAUAGCUGAAAAUUGUUUGCAUUUAGCAUUAUCUAUAAAUAGUUCCCAUGCUGCAGUUCUCAACAACCUUGCUGUAUUACAAUGGUUCAAAAAUGACAUUUCUAAAGCUAAAUCAUUAUUAAAUUCAGCUAUUGCUGCAGAAGAUCAUCUUUAUGAACCUUUUUAUAAUAAAGCUAUAUUAGCUCAAGAGGAAGGUGAUCACCAAUCUAGCUAUGUGAUGAUAAAGAAAUCUCUUGAAGUUUAUCCAAAUCAUUAUAACUCUAAAGACAUUUUAAGUGAAUUAAAAAAAUAUUUUUCUAGUCUAUAAAAAUAGUUUUUUUUAAUAUUGUACCAAAAUAAAUAUUAAAUUAAAUUUA